AUGAAGGAAACAAGCCCUUUGAGACAAGUGUCGGGGUCUGUUUAUUCAUCAUCCACCAGAGACUUGGACAUGAUUUUUGAAGAAAAUGACCAUCAUCAUCAUAUGAUGCGUCAACAAGCACCUCAGCCUCAGCAACAGCAGUAUCAAUCCUCACCCUCUUUAAACUUCCUGAGACCCAAACCAACGUAUUCAACACCUUAUUCAGCUACAGACACACCUGCCUCAUCUUCAUCUGCUGGUGUUGUCUCUCCCGCUACUGUCAGACGUCCUCGGGCAGGUACAAUGCCCUCGUUCGUACAUCCUGACAUGAGAUCCCCUAUUACUGGCAAUAAUACACCAACCUCGUCUGCAGCUCUCUUAUUGAACACCAUUGAAGCUGGCCGCCAUCGAUCAGGUUCUCUCAAUUUGCCACCGCCACCUGUUGACAGUUUCUGGCUUAAUGGUCAUGACGGACCUCUGUCUCCUUCUUCAGAGCAACUACUUCAGAAUGACAGUGAUUUCUCUAUUGCUCGUACAAUGAGAUCGCUGGGGUUGGAAGAAGAAGAGCAAAAGAAGGAGCCUAUGGCUGGAUUGUUCCAUCAGCAAUCACCACCCGAAUUUCAUAUGCCUAGUAGAUCACUUUUGUCGGGAAACAAUAGAAACAGAUCUUACUCUGUUAAUGCAACUGCCAGAUAUGAGGAGCCACCAUUCAAGCUUCCUAAUGCCCUGGAGGGAUUCACGAGACAGCAGAUAGCAAGACCAAGAGCUUCGAGUAUGGGCAGAGCAGACGCUGGUCAUUUGCCUCCUCCCUUGGGAUUUUGGAAUAACCGAGGUUCGCCAUUGGUAUCCAUGCGAGAAGAAGAUUAUGAAACGAGUAGCACCACUAGCAGUAAUCAGCAACCAUUGUCUUUGGGCGACUCUGAACUACUCGCUAAUAUUCUUGGUAAAGAAGAGGAAAACUAUGAUGAGGAAGCUAAGCCAUAUUUGCAUUUCAGUCAAUCCACACCUACUACGUUCUCCAACAACGCUUCUCCUAUCCAGCAUCAGCAGCAACAAUUGCAACAACAACAACAACAGCAGCAGCAGCAACAACAACAACAACAGCAGCAGCAGCAGCAACAGCAACAGCAACAGCAACAACAACAACAACAACAACAACAACAACAACAACAACAAGCAGCAACUCGAUCUCUCUGGGUGGGUAAUAUUGAUCAUACUGUCACCAUUGAUCUCUUGACGCAAGUAUUCUCGAAUUUUGGAGCCAUUGAAAGUGUUCGUCUGCUGGUUGAAAAGGAGUGUGGAUUCGUCAACUUCUUCCAAAUUGAGGAUGCCGUUCGAGCCAAGGAAGAGGUAUUGGGACGCAUGGGAGGACGUAUUGGCCAGUGUAUUGUCCGUAUCGGCUACGGGAAAGCAGAUGCUGCUGUGACAGAAACUAAUGUCUUACAACCCACUCGAGCUUUAUGGCUGGGUAAUAUUCCAGGCAAUACAACGCCGACUUCACUUCAAAGCAUAUUCGCAGUGUUUGGCCAGAUUGAGUCUGUUCGUGUUUUAUCACACAAAAACUGUGGAUUCAUCAAUUUUGAGUCUGUAAAUAGUGCUGUGAAAGCAAGAGAUGCAUUGAUGGCAAAUGAAAUUGGCGCCCAAGGGUUUACAGGGGCUCGUGUGGGUUUUGCAAAGAUCCCUCCUCCCAGUGCCACAAUCACGACAGCAAAGCCCGAAUUAGAGGAUGCAGACUAUCACCACCAUCAGACGGCAGCAGCACCGAUGCCAGCUUCCUCGAGCGCCGUCAAUGGUCAAUCAGCAGCGACCGAGAAUGGAUCCAGCUUAGUGCAGGAUGCUACCAUUGCAUGGCAAAACGACUUAUUCAGCAUUAUGUGUCAGUUCAACGUGGAUAGUACCGUUGCUCACAACUUUGUGAAGGACCUGAAAACAUCCAGCCAUUAUUUCGAUGCCAUACCUGCUGUACCUGAACUGGGCCCUAAUCGGAAAUUUGAUGCAGUGCGUCUUCGUGAGAUGAGAAAGCGCAUGGACAGUGCAACGGACACUCAAGAAGAAGCAGAACUAGUGGCGCUUGAAUGUAUGGACGACAUUGCAGAAAUCAGCAGUGACUACAUCGGCAACACUGUGGUUCAGCGCCUUUUCGAAAAAUGUACAGAAGAAACCAAAACAAAGAUGCUUGAACGUAUUGCACCACAUUUAGCAGCCAUCAGCAUUCACAAGAACGGUACCUGGGCCACUCAAAAAAUCAUUGAUUUAGCUAGAACACCAGAACAAAUUCAUCUCAUCAGCCAAUACCUCAAACCCUAUAUCCCUCCAUUACUGCUUGAUCAAUUUGGUAACUACGCCGUGCAGUGCUGUCUUCGACUGGGAUCAGACAAGACUCAGUUCAUUUUUGAUUCCAUGGUGGAAAAGCUGAUGAACAUUGCUCAAGGCCGCUUCGGAGCGAGAUCUAUGCGUGGCAUACUGGAAAGCGAAUUCGUUACUGAAAACCAAAGAAAAUUUGCAGCAUCUGCUUUGGUUCAAAAUGCACUAGCAUUGUCAACAAAUACCAACGGUGCCUUACUCUUAUCCUGGUUGAUAGAGUCUACAGACAUUGGCCAUCGUAUACAAAGCAUUGCAAACAGACUAUUACCACAUCUGUCACAACUAUGCAUUCAUAAACUCGGAUUACAGAUUAUUUACAAGCUUGUGAAUCAAACCUCAGAGAAGCAAGCACAACAGUCUAUUAUGCAGCGAUUAUUGAGCGACCAACAAGGCAACGUUUUGGCAGACAUUUUAUCUGACCAAGUACGCGGAUUGGUGUUUAUUCAAAAGCUUAUUGUUUGUCCCUCACUGACUGAUGAGCAAAAGAAGCAGCUUUCUCGCAAGGUUUGUGCAGAACUCGAAAACUUGAGUGGCCCUGGUCAUAAAAAGUUACUAUGUCUGCUCUUAGAAACUAAUACUAACAGCAAUGAUAAUCAUGCUGCUUAA